CGGAAGGACAUUCCCAGUCUGAUUCCCAGUCUCUCGACAGAACGACCAUAACAGCAAUGGCAAUCGAAAAUCCCCUCAGGGCGCUGCACAGGGCCCUGCCCCUGUACCGUUUCCCUGCUUCCAAGCGCACCAGCGCAAACCCCGCAGAAGCCGCAAACUCACCCGUCCUGUUCAUCUUCCCACGGAGCAAACACGCCGUAACCUCAACAGAUGUUGAGUGCGUCAAAUACCAGGCGUUUCUGACGUUUUCAAAUUAUGCACAUAUUACACGGGAUUGCCAUGAACCGGAAAUGUCCCCGUCGGGGAGACUUCCGUUCCUCGCACUACCGGACGGGAGGAUAUUGACGGGGUCGGGGAUAGUGGAGGAGGUCACAGCAACGGCAGGCGACCUAGAAUCGAGAUUAACAGCAGAGGAAAAGUCGAAAAGCAGGGCAUUCGUCUCUCUCGCCGAGGCCAAGUUGGAGGUUGCGCUGCUAUUCACAAUGUGGUUCGACGUCCGGAUACGAGACACCGUCACGUACCCGCUGUUUGAAGCGCUGUAUCCAUGGCCGUUGAAUAAGGUGCUUACGUGGACUGCCAAAUCGGAGAAGACGGAGUGGAUGUUGAGCAGGAAGACGGUUUUGCAGAAGGAUGAGAUCCUGGGUGAGGCAAAGCAGGCGCUCGCCGCACUCUCCACGUCACUUGGGGAACAGCAGUUCUUUGGUGGAUCCAAAGCAACAUUUCUCGACGCAACCAUCUUUGCCUACCUGCACAUCAUCCUCUCCCUACUCGCAUUACCCUCCGUGGAAGUCGAACUGAGACAGGCUGUGUUGCGGCAUACCAAUCUUGUGCAGUACGCGCAAAAAAUCUUCAACACAUUUUUUACCACCACCACCACAACCACGACCACCACCACCACCGUCGCAUAAGGUCCUGUGACCAUACGUGUCCGACCCUACGGCGUAUCGGGAAGACUUUAUUCCCCUUGUCGGGCGGCCAAACAUGACUCCGGAGUACGGGUUACAGCCCUUUCACUUGUAGUUAGAGUAGAUGGGCAGCCAUCGGGUGCGCGUUGUAGAUAAUGUCGUGGGGAAAGCCGUACCGUAGAACAACCCAUAUCCCCGUGGAUACCGCAUGUCUGGCGUUGUGUCGAUGUAUAGCGAGAAAGCAUCCUGAUCGAUGGAGGGAGAAACCUCCCCUGCCCGCAUGAAGGGAAAACGCGUCGGAUAAUCGCGGGGGGGGCAUCCUUCGCACUCCUCCAAACAGUUCCCAC